UGUUCCUUCACCUUAGAGAUCUGAUUUAUUACUUUGUAUUUAUUUCUGUUCUGGUAGCUUUUUUUUUAGUGCAAAUUUGUUUCAGAAUUAGAUCCGUAUAUGAAUUACGUUUUUUUAGUGGAAAUUUGUUUCAGAAUUAGAUGAAAUUUAUUUAGUGGAGAUUUGUUUCAAUUUAUUUAGUGGAGAUUUGUUUCAAUUUAUUUAGUGUGGAGAUUUGUUUCAAUUUAUUUAGUGGAGAUUUGUUUCAAUUUAUUUAGUGUGGAGAUUUGUUUCAAUUUAUUUAGUGUGGAGAUUUGUUUCAAUUUUUUUUUGUGGAGAUUUGUUUCAGUUUAUUUAGUGGAGAUUUGUUUCAAUUUUUUUUAGUGAAGAUUUGUUUCAAUUUAUUUAAUGGAGAUUUGUUUGCUAAUCAGAUGAAAUUUAUUUAGUGAAGAUUUGUUUGAUAAUGAGAUGAAUUAGGUUUGUCUUCCCUCUAUAAAGUAAAUCCUACUAGUUCACCUUGUUUAAUCAAACCAGAAUUCAUUAGUUUUUCAAUGGAAGAUACCGUUGUUAGCACACCAUCGUUGGAAGAUAGGGCCAAUAAGCUAUUGAUGAGUUUAGGAGAAGAAAGGGCUAGAAAGCUAUCCUUGAUUUCAAACAAAUAUAAGAUUAACAAGCCAUCGAACGAAGAUAGGGUUAAUAAGCUAUCGAUGAUUUCAAUUUCAACGAAAGAAAGAGCUAGAAAGCGAUCCUUGAUUUCAACAGAACAACAAGAUAGGCUUAGCGACCGAAAGCGAUCCUUAAUUUCAACCGAACAACCUGAUAGGCUUAGCGACCUUCCUGACUCAAUUCUCUGUCAUAUUCUCUCUUUUCUCCCAACCAGAUUAGCCGCCCAGACAAGCAUUCUUGCAAAGAGAUGGAAACCAGUAUGGCUUUCUGUCACCACUUUGGAUUUCAUUAUGGGAAUCACCCCAAACCUUAUUAUAUACGCACUCAUGCUAUCUCGUGACAUCAACUUGCCAAUACUAUCAUUCCGUGUAACAUGUCAUUUUGAUUACGAACCUCAAGUUUUCGACGCAGUUAUUAUGGCAGCAAUUCAAAGAAGAGUUGAAACCCUUGAACUUAACAUGUUGAACUUUCCGUUAGAGAUGAAAUUUGUUUCUAACAUUUUCACUUCUAACACUCUUACUGUUCUCAAGCUUACAAAUCUAUAUAUUGUCAAAGACCUUCCUCGAAUAAAUGUUUCUUCUAUCAAAACUCUUCAUUUGUAUAGGGUCACUUUCAUCUGUCAUACCUAUAUGAUCAACUUUUUCUCAGCUUUUCCCAUUCUAGAGGAAUUGCAUACUUAUCUUGUAACGACAUUCGAUAGGGCGGAAGAACCUGGACGAAUGAUUAAAUGUUUGCCCAAUUUGGUGAGAGCUAAUAUUACCGAUGAUCCUGAACUUUUUCCUUUACUCAGCUUCUCCAGGGCAAUGGUUCUCAAAGUAAAUCAUACAUGGAAGCUUUACAAUUUUCAAGUCCCCCUUUUUAACAAUCUAACUCAAUUAGAGCUAUUCCCUAACUUUGACCAAGGGAUGUGGAUACUAAAACUGCUUCAACACACUCCCAAACUUCAGCAUCUUAUCAUUCAUCAUCAGGAAAUAGAAGAAAAUGAUAACAACGGAAUUGACGACAAGAAUUGGAAGGACCUAAAGAUGGUUCCAAAUUGUCUUUCAUCUCAGCUCAAAACUUGUUUGUUUGGAUAUUGGAGGGGCAAACUGUGCGAGCUUCAAUUUGCUGAAUAUAUCAUGCGAAAUUCAAAAGUAUUAACUACCAUGACAAUUCACUGCUCCUCUUCUUUAGAUUUAAAUGCAAAGUAUCAAAUAUUACAGAAAUUAUCUAUGUGUCCAAAGGGCUGUAAACUUAUAUUUGAUUGAUUCAUGUCCCAACAACUCUUACCUUAUCUCGUGUCUGUCCUUCAUCGUUGCUUAUUGUGUCUGUAUUCAUUAACUGACAUGAUUUUACCUCAUGACUAUUGUAAGAUGUGUGUUCUUGGGUUUGAUAAUGGAAUCAGAUUCCCUGGUUUGAUAAUUUUAGGGUACAAUUAUAUAGUCUUUAUUCUAAAAUAAAAAGUGGAAAUCAACCUUGA